AUGAAGGAGUCAGAGGUGAUUGGGAAAGUCGAGGAGGUGUUCGGAAUGGAAGACCCAGCAGUCCUUCCUGGGCGUGUUCGGAGUGUGAUUGACGAGAUUCUGGAAGGUGGGGUGUUUCCAGUUUCCCAUCCGUUCUAUAGAGAUUUUAUGAGUCUUAGCUUCGAUGUUCUCUAUCCGGACAUACAACAGCCCACCGAGCUUCUGAAGAGAUCUGGGUUUUCCAGGGACCAGCUUGAGGGGGCAGAGCUCAGGAAGUUGGUUGAUAUGGUGCGCCAGGUGAGCCCGGAAGAUGCCGAGGGCUUGUUGAGGCCAUUCGAAGACCCGAAGCCAAAGAGAAGAAAGAAGGUUUCGUGGGGAGCCAAUCUCAUCCAGGUCAAGGAGAUAGAAAAAACAGUGAUGGCUCCCGAGGCAGAUUAUCUGGGAUCGGAUCCAACAAGCACUUCAGGAAAGUCGCCGGAUAGCCUUGAAUGGAUUGUUCCCCAGAAGCUCACCUGUGGAUACGACGACGCUAGGUCUCCUGGGCUCCUGGAGCAGGAAAGGAGGGAGGCAGGGUCGAUAAGGAUGUACAACACAGAAGAGCACAGAAAGUUUUCUCCGGCGCGGUGUGUGGACCCCGGAGAGGACAACGAAACGGUGGUAGUUCCCGUCAUGAGCUUUGUGAAGAACAAGGUGCCCCUCUUCGACUUCAAGAAGAUAGUUGAGAACAGAUUUAGAAACAUGGCUGCGAUCAAUGAGAUUCUAGAAGACCCCCGGGUUGUAGAUGCACUUCUUGCCAAGGAGGAGCAGAGCUUGGUUGCAAAGCAGCUUUAA